UACAGUACACCUACCAAAACAGAAAUCUAUCCUUUUUCCUCUUUUCUCGUUUUUUGGUUUUACAAGUGUGAAAAUUUUAGAAGAAAAUCCAAGAAAAAGAAAAGUGCUCUGAGAGAGAGAGAGAGAGAGGGGGUGAGAAUGUGAUAAAAUAAUAAAAAUAGAGGAGGGGAUUCUCUAUUCUGUGGCUUUGGAUUCUUCUGGCAAAUCGUGCCUGCCAGCUUCACUUGGACUAGGGAAGGAAAGGGUAUGGCUAAUUAAGUAUAAAAAUCCUUUCUGGAAAAUUAAAAAGAAAAUAUAAAAGAAGGGCUAGCAAGUCAUUAGGCCAAGGCCUUGUCUUGGUUUGUGGGUAAGGCUCGACACAGUGUGAGAAGGUGGUAAUGGAGAUUUGGAGAAGGGGUGAACUUUUUGUAACAGUGAUAAUCUGCAUUCUGGGUUACAUCAAUGGUGACAAUACAGAUCCAAAUGAUGCGUCUGCGUUAAGAGGCAUGUUUACCAGUUUAGGUUCGCCUGGCCAGCUAACUCAAUGGAAAGCAAAUGGUGGUGAUCCAUGCGAAGAGUCCUGGAAAGGUGUUACGUGCUCGGGCCCACGAGUCACAGAAAUUAAAUUAUCUGGUCUUGCACUCUCUGGACAAAUGGGUUACCAGCUUGCAAGCUUGACAGCAUUAACAAACCUAGACAUGAGCAACAACAAUAUUGGAGGUGGUAUACCUUAUGGACUUCCUCCAAACCUGACACAACUAAAUCUUGCUAGUAAUCAAUUUACUGGAGAUAUCCCUUAUUCCAUAUCUAUGAUGACUAAGCUUACAUAUCUGAAUAUUGCUCACAAUCAGCUUCAGAAUCAAUUGAAUGACAUGUUUGGAAAGCUUUCAUCCCUGUCCACACUGGAUAUCUCCUUCAACCAACUGUCAGGCAACCUACCUGAGAGUUUUAGCAACCUUUCAAGCAUGACCUCGAUGUAUUUGCAAAACAAUCAAUUUACAGGCACCAUUGAUGUCCUCGCUGAUCUUCCUCUUAAAAAUCUGUAUAUUGGAAAUAAUCAUUUUACUGGCUGGAUUCCUGAACAGUUGAAGGGCAUUAAUCUGCAGACGGAUGGUAACAAUUGGAACUCAGGCCCUGCUCCCCCACCUCCACCUGGUACUCCUCCGGCCCACAAAAAUCCAGGUCACAAAUCGGGUGGCAAUAACAGUCCAUCUGAUGGGGAUGCUGGUGGUGGCAGCAAAAAAUCAGGCAUAGGGGGUGGUGGUAUAGCUGGAAUAAUCAUAUCCAUCUUUGUUGUUGGGGGGAUUAUAGCAUUCUUCUUUGUUAAGAGAAGAUCAAAGAGGUCAUCUUCAGAUAUAGAAAAGCUUGAUAAUCAGCCAUUUGCGCCUCUUGCCUCGAGUGAAGUACGAGAAAUGAAGUCUGUACAAACUUCCUCCACAGUUAAUACAAAGACAUUUGAUACCUCAGCCUCCAUAAAUCUUAGACCUCCACCAAUUGAUCGCAAUAAAUCAUUUGAUGAAGAUGACUUUUCAAAGAAGCCUAUUGUUGUCAAGAAACCAGUAAGAGCUCCUGUAAAUGUGACAUCAUACUCUGUAGCAGAUCUGCAGAUAGCUACUGGUAGCUUCAGUAUUGACCAUCUUCUGGGUGAAGGGUCUUUUGGACGAGUUUAUCGAGCGCAUUUUGAUGAUGGGAAGGUUCUUGCUGUGAAGAAAAUAAAUUCAUCCGCUCUUGCCAGUGACAUGUCUGAUGAUUUUAUAGAAAUGGUUUCAAAAAUCUCUGAGUUACAUCAUCCAAAUGUGACAGAGCUCAUGGGCUAUUGCUCAGAGCACGGGCAGCACCUCCUGGUCUAUGAGUUCCAUAAAAAUGGAUCACUGCAUGACUUCCUGCAUUUGUCAGAUGAAGACAGCAGGCCUUUGAUAUGGAACUCCCGUGUCAAGAUAGCUUUGGGGACUGCACGUGCAUUAGAGUACCUGCAUGAAGUAUGCUCACCAUCUAUUAUUCAUAAAAAUAUGAAGUCAGCAAACAUAUUACUGGAUGCUGAGCUCAAUCCUCACCUUUCAGACUCUGGCCUUGCAAGCUUUCUUCCAAAUGCAGAUCAGGCACUGAACAAUGAUUCAGCAUCUGGAUAUGGUGCACCUGAGGUAGCCAUGUCUGGUCAAUAUACUCUCAAGAGUGAUGUUUACAGUUUUGGAGUUGUCAUGUUAGAGCUUCUCACUGGACGAAAACCAUUUGACAGCUCAAGGCCAAGAUCCGAGCAAUCAUUGGUUCGAUGGGCCACACCUCAGCUCCAUGAUAUUGAUGCACUGGCUAAAAUGGUUGACCCAGCUCUCAAAGGGCUCUACCCUGUCAAAUCUCUUUCCCGAUUUGCUGAUGUUAUUGCCCUCUGUGUCCAGUCGGAGCCAGAGUUUCGACCACCCAUGUCAGAAGUUGUUCAGGCAUUGGUUCGUCUAGUUCAGCGAGCUAACAUGAGCAAGAGAACGGUUGGAAAUGAUCAGGGAGCAUCGCGGCAAGCAGACAACCUUGACACGCCUGAUUACAUGUGAAAUGUCAACAAUGCUCACGUUAGCAUGUUCCGAUGUUAAAUAUAACAGAUCAAGUAGUCCUCUCUCUCAUCUUAUCAUUUCACUCUUCAAGUUUAUUGGAGAUAGUUUUCUAGUUUAAUCUUUUCGGAUGGAACACAUGAUAGAAUUAGGAGUUUGAUACAGUUUGUUAAAAUAUUUAUAUGGUUGAGCUAGCUUUCUUCUUGUUAUAUUCUAUAAAUCUCCUAUUCAGAUUGAGCAUCACAAUCAGCAGAAGUUUGGUCCCCUUUACUUUCCUUCCCACCUUUUGCUGUCAACUCAUAUUUGUAAAUUGAAAAUGCUUUUUUUGGGAAUAAAAGCUUGGCAGUGGGUUCUUCUCCAGGGUUUAAGAAUGAUCCCAUUGUAUACUAUUUGUUUGUACAUCA